CCUUUGGAGAAUAAUCAAACUUGUUUUGAUACACAAUAUUUAGCUCAUCUUAUUAAAAUUAGAUUCACCAAAAUGGUCUUCAUCGUCCUACCCAUACAUUUGUUGUUGCUUCUUAUUGGAAGCUCUUCAGCUCAACAACUUUCACCACAGUUUUACUCAACUUCAUGUCCAAACCUUUUACCAACCGUGAAAACUGUGGUGCAGAAUGCAAUUACCAAAGAGGCUCGCAUGGGCGCCUCGAUCCUCCGACUCUUCUUUCACGACUGCUUUGUCAACGGAUGCGAUGGAUCACUUCUGCUUGAUGACAAUUCUACCUUCAUUGGAGAGAAAAAUGCGGCUCCGAACUUCCAGUCUGCUCGUGGGUUCAACGUCAUCGACGACAUCAAGACUGCCGUCGAGAUAGUAUGUCCCAAAACUGUGUCUUGUGCUGACAUUCUGGCAAUUGCUGCUCGUGACUCUACUUCCAUUCUUGGAGGGCCCAGUUGGAAUGUGAGCCUGGGUAGAAGAGAUGCCACGACAGCAAGCCAAGGUGCUGCCAACAAUAGCAUCCCUCAACCGACUUUUAACCUCACUGGCCUCGUUUCCAGCUUCUCUGCUGUUGGCCUCUCAACUAAGGACCUGGUUGUUUUAUCAGGUGCACACACUAUUGGGCAGGCAAGGUGCACCAACUUCAGGGCAAGAAUAUACAAUGAGAAAAAUGUGGACUCAGCCUUUGCCCAAAGCAGGAAAAGCAACUGCCCAAGUUCUAGUGGGUCAGGGGACAACAACUUGGCCCCACUUGAUCUCCAAACGCCAACAACAUUUGACAACAACUACUAUGGUAACCUGGUAAGCAAGAAGGGGCUUCUUCACUCUGAUCAGCAGCUCUUCAAUGGGGGUUCAACUGAUACUUCAGUCCAAGGAUACAGCUCAAACCCAAACUCAUUCCGGUCUGAUUUUGCCACAUCCAUGAUUAAGAUGGGUAACAUUUCGCCCCUCACUGGGAACAAAGGCGAGAUUAGGACCAACUGCAGGAGGGUGAACUAAUAAUGUAUACCCACAGGCACUCCUAAACUGCAACUUGUAGCAGUGAUAUUAUUGUUUUUGAAGAUUUCUGCUUAAUACGAGUAACUUUUUUUGCUCCAGCUUUUUUCCAAUUUUUUCGUAUCAAUCGAUUGAGUUGAGAAUGUAUUUUCACUUAAAUCAUGUGCAAGAUCUUCUAUGAAAAUCUCUAAUAAAAGUUCCUAUGUUUCUUCAAUUUUGUAAAGCAAAGCCGUUAUAAUCUGUGUACUGCAGAAUUAUACACUUAAUUCCAAUUCCUUAGCCUAUGUUUGGAAGAAGGAACCGAGCUCAAGGCUAUUAUACAUUAAUU